CCGUGCACGCGCUCUCGGCACCUGCUUUUCUGUAGAAGGGUGUCAUUAUUUGGCAGGGAGCGGCACCAGAGACACGAGCAGUGCGUUUCCUCCCUGAGAACGACAACGGCGUGGAUUCGUGUUGUAUCCAGAGCAGCAUCUCACAGGAGGAGGAUUUUCUUCUGUGCUUCCGGCGUGUUGCUGUUCCCUGGAGGACUGUCUCUUUUUUAGUAUUUCUUUCUUUCUGCCUUCUCUAUUUCUAAAGGAAUAAGGCUCUCAUCUCCUAAGUAAUCAUGACAAGCGCUACGUCCCCCAUCCUGCUGAAAUGGGACCCGAAGAGUCUGGAGAUCCGCACUCUGACCGUGGAGAGGCUGCUGGAGCCGUUGGUCACACAGGUGACCACGCUGGUGAACACCAGUAACAAAGGACCAUCCAGUAAGAAGAAGGGUCGCUCCAAGAAGGCCCAUGUCCUGGCUAUGUCUGUAGAGCAGGCCACGCAGAACUUCCUGGAAAAGGGCGAGCAGAUCGCCAAGGACAGUCAGGACCUGACAGAGGAGUUGAUCACUGCUGUGGAGGAAGUCAGGAAACAAGGUGACAGUAUGCGUGUGGCCUCCUCAGAGUUUGCUGAUGAUCCGUGUUCAUCUGUGAAAAGAGGAACGAUGGUCCGAGCCGCUCGUGCUCUUCUCUCCGCAGUCACACGCCUCCUCAUCCUCGCCGACAUGGCCGACGUCAUGAGACUCCUCGCGCACCUCAAAAUCGUGGAGGAAGCUCUUGAGGCUGUGAAGAAUGCCACCAAUGAGCAGGACCUUGCAAACAGGUUUAAGGAGUUUGGGAAGGAGAUGGUGAAGCUGAACUACGUCGCCGCUCGGAGACAGCAGGAGCUGAAGGAUCCUCAGUGUCGGGAUGAGAUGGCGGCGGCUCGUGGGGCUCUGAAGAAAAACGCCACCAUGCUGUACACGGCGUCUCAGGCUUUCCUGCGACACCCAGACGUUGCAGCCACCCGCGCUAACCGAGACUACGUCUUUAAACAGGUGCAGGAAGCCAUUGGGGGAAUCUCCAGCGCCGCCCAGGCCACGUCCCCCACAGAGGAGAAGCACGGACAUGCCGGCAUCGGAGAGCUCGCCGCCGCCCUCAACGAGUUCGACAAUAAAAUCAUCCUGGACCCUCUGACAUUCAGCGAGGCUCGUUUCAGACCUUCGCUGGAGGAGCGUCUGGAGAGCAUCAUCAGCGGCGCCGCCCUCAUGGCCGACUCGUCGUGUACGCGUGACGAUCGUCGAGAACGCAUCGUGGCCGAGUGCAACGCUGUGCGCCAAGCGCUACAGGAUCUGCUCAGCGAGUACAUGAACAAUACGGGAAGAAAAGAGAGAGGUGACCCACUGAACUCUGCCAUCGACAAGAUGACUAAGAAGACCAGGGACCUGCGCAGACAGCUGAGGAAGGCCGUGAUGGACCAUAUCUCUGAUUCCUUCCUUGAGACCAAUGUUCCUCUUCUGGUCCUCAUUGAAGCAGCCAAGACUGGAAAUGAAAAGGAGGUGAAGGAGUACGCUCAGGUCUUCCGUGAGCACGCUAACAAACUGGUCGAGGUAGCUAAUCUGGCAUGUUCCAUCUCCAACAACGAGGAAGGCGUGAAGCUGGUGCGCAUGGCCGCUACACAGAUUGACAGUCUGUGUCCUCAGGUGAUCAACGCUGCCCUGACGCUGGCAGCUCGUCCCCAGAGUAAAGUGGCUCAAGACAACAUGGACGUGUUUAAGGACCAAUGGGAGAAGCAGGUGCGCAUCCUGACCGAAGCUGUGGAUGACAUCACCUCUGUCGAUGACUUCCUGUCUGUGUCAGAGAACCACAUCCUGGAGGAUGUGAACAAGUGUGUGAUCGCUCUGCAGGAGGGGGAUGUGGACACGCUGGACAGGACAGCGGGGGCGAUCAGAGGUCGUGCCGCUCGCGUGGUCCAUAUCAUCAAUGCCGAGAUGGAGAACUACGAGCCGGGCGUCUACACCGAGAGAGUCCUGGAGUCCAUCAAGCUGCUGUCUGAAACCGUGAUGCCCCGCUUCGCCGAGCAGGUGGAGGUGGCCAUUGAAGCUCUGAGCACCAGCCCUCCUCAGCCCUUUGAGGAGAAUGAGUUCAUUGAUGCUUCGCGUCUGGUCUACGACGGCGUGCGUGACAUUAGGAAGGCUGUCCUCAUGAUACGGACACCCGAAGAGCUGGAGGAUGACUCAGACUUCGAGCAGGAAGACUACGACACCCGGAGCCGUACCAGCGUCCAGACCGAAGACGACCAGCUCAUCGCCGGCCAGAGCGCAAGGGCCAUCAUGGCUCAGCUCCCUCAGGAGGAAAAGGCGAAGAUCGCUGAGCAGGUGGAAAGCUUCCGGCAGGAGAAGAGCAAGCUGGAUGCUGAGGUGGCCAAGUGGGAUGACAAUGGCAACGAUAUCAUCGUGCUGGCCAAGCAGAUGUGCAUGAUCAUGAUGGAGAUGACAGAUUUCACCAGGGGAAAAGGCCCACUGAAGAACUCGUCCGAUGUCAUCAAUGCUGCCAAGAAGAUCGCAGAAGCCGGAUCCAGAAUGGACAAACUGGCUCGAGCUGUGGCUGACCAGUGUCCUGAUUCAGCUUGUAAGCAGGACCUGCUGGCUUACCUGCAGAGAAUCGCCCUGUACUGCCACCAGCUCAACAUCUGCAGCAAAGUCAAAGCCGAAGUCCAGAACCUCGGAGGAGAGCUCAUCGUCUCAGGGCUGGACAGCGCUACUUCCCUCAUCCAGGCCGCCAAGAAUCUAAUGAAUGCCGUGGUCCUGACGGUCAAGGCCUCAUAUGUGGCUUCCACCAAGUACCAAAAGGUGUACGGUACAGCGGCAGUCAAUUCUCCCGUGGUGUCAUGGCGCAUGAAAGUGCCAGAGAAGAAGCCGCUUGUGAAGAGGGAGAAGCCUGAGGAGUGUCAGACCCGGGUGCGCCGAGGCUCGCAGAAGAAACACAUCUCACCAGUCCAAGCGCUCAGCGAGUUCAAGGCUAUGGACUCUUUUUAAAUCUACAGGUGGCAAGAAAAAAAAGUUUCAAGGUUCCAAGCCCUCAAACUCUUCAACCACCUCCUGACUAUUCCUGUCUUUUCCCUCCUUCCCCCCGUCUUUCUUUCCUGUCUCCUGUUUGCAGCUUCCUGUAUCCCGUUCCACAUAGAGGCAAAGGUGUUGCCGUGGAUACUCUUGCUGGAGAACUGCAUCACAAAAACCAAGAUAAGCAGAAAAGAGGGGCAUAUGUUUACUCUUGGAGCUUCAGCACCAUUCCUGUGGUGUUUGUUAGUUACCAGUGUUAAUUACUGAAUAGCCUGACUAGCCAUAUUUACACUGUUGUUGAUAUGGGGUCCUCCUACUGACAUCCCUACUUAAAAAAAAAUGCAAGGCUGUUAAAGCAUGGGAAUGAGAUAAUACGGCAAAGGGAACUAGAUAAGAGAGUUAUGGUCAUGACUUAGUACCAAGAGGGAAUGAGAUCAUUUCAUCAUGACCAUCAAAGGGAAUGAGAUGAUUAAGUUGCAGGCUUGUUCCCUCAAAUCACCAAGUUGUGGCCAUGACCUAAUUAUCUCAUUAUCUCAAGUUACAAAUCCAUAGCUAUGACUUGAUUAUCUCAUUCUCAAGUUAUGUUCUCAUGGUGGCAACUUAAUUAUCUCAUUUCCUUGAGGGACAAAGUCAUGGCCAUGACUUAAUUUUCUUGUUUCUUAGCAUGCCUCUAACUUCUAUAUCUAGUUUCCUUGUGUUAUAAAGUCACGGCCAUGACUUAACGAGCUUGUUUCCUCAUGUUACAUAUCCAUGGCUGUGACUUAAUUUAAUUAUUCUUAAGUUAUUAAGUUAUGGCAAUGACUUGAGCUCAUACGGUCAAAUUCACGGUCACAAAUGGAAUCUCAUUCGAUUGAGAUCUGAAGUCGAGGCCAUGACUUAAUUUUCUUGUUUUGUCAAGUCAUGGUCGCCAUUCUUUUGUUUUUUUAAACAGGGAUGACAAAUGGAAGAAAAUAUUAUAUGGUGCCGUAGCUGAAGCGUCCUGAAGCUCCUAACUUUGAAACUCAGUAUGGCUUGUAGUGUUAGAAAUGAAUUUAAAAAAUAAGAAUUAUUUGUCCUGACGAUCAACAAUCCACAUAUUCCACAUGGUGACAUGACGUACAAGGUUUUGCAUUUUAUUUAAUUAUUAUCGCAUCACUAACUAUUACAGACUGGUUGCCAUGGUGUUGAACAUGAUACUAGAAACGGACCGAGUUGACUAGUUAUGUGGUUUGUGCAGAGAAUAAGUAGAAUCCUGCAUAUCUUUAUAGUCACAGUUCUCUAAUAAA